AUGGCAUCUACAUUAUUGUAUUCCCAUCUCACCCUAAACCUUAUCUAUUGAACUCUCCUCGCUUUCACUUGCAAACCAGACCAGACAUCAAGUUUGCGAUGUUAUAUGUCGUAAGUAUCUAUAUUGGAUUGAUAUCUUUUUAGAAUACUAGAUACGGUGCCAUGGCAGCCAUAAUCCCGUGCCACUAUUGUUCUUCCAUGGCCAUCUCCAAACUACCCAGAAGCCAUAUUCCUUUGGGGAACAUUAACCACGUCAAUGCUGCUUGGUGGGGUCGGCAGCUCUCACUCAGAUGUUCUCUCAAAGCCUCCCAGAAGGCUCAGCUCCGUAAUAAACUGAAAGUGAAGUUAUUUUCCUUGAAGGAGUGUGCAAUCUCUAUUGCUUUGGCUGUUGGAUUGCUAACAGGAAUGCCUUUUGUAGAUUGGUCUCCAAAUGCUUAUGCAGCUAAUCCAGCGAUGCCUGAUCUUUCAGUGUUAAUAUCUGGACCACCAAUCAAAGACCCGGGUGCAUUAUUAAGAUAUGCUCUGCCAAUUGACAAUAAAGCUAUAAGGGAAGUACAAAAGCCACUUGAAGAUAUCACAGAUAGUCUCAAGGUCGCUGGAGUCAAGGCACUUGAUUCUGUGGAGAGAAAUCUCAGGCAAUCAUCUCAAGCCCUUAAGCAGGGAAAGAGUUUGAUUAUCUCAGGCUUAGCUGAAUCAAAGAAGGACCAUGGAGUGGAGCUGCUUGAUAAGCUUGAAACUGGAAUGGAUGAACUUCAACAGAUUGUGGUGGAUCGGAACAGAGAUGCAGUAGCACCUAAGCAGAAGGAGUUGCUUAGUUAUGUUGGCAGUGUUGAAGAGGAUAUGGUGGAUGGCUUCCCAUAUGAGGUGCCUGAGGAAUACCAGAGUAUGCCUCUAUUGAAGGGAAGAGCAACUGUGGAUAUGAAGGUCAAGGUCAAAGACAAUCCCAAUACAGACGAGUUUAUGUUCAGGAUUGUUCUAGAUGGUUACAAUGCACCAGUAACUGCUGGGAACUUUUUGGACUUGGUGCAACGGCACUUCUAUGAUGGAAUGGAAAUUCAAAGAGCGGAUGGCUUUGUUGUUCAAACCGGGGAUCCUGAAGGUCCUGCAGAGGGUUUUAUUGAUCCUAGUACAGAGAAAACUCGGACAAUACCGUUGGAAAUCAUGGUCAAUGGAGAGAAAUCACCAUUCUAUGGGGCAACUUUGGAGGAGCUUGGUUUAUACAAGGCUCAGACGAGGCUUCCAUUCAAUGCAUUUGGAACAAUGGCCAUGGCCAGAGAUGAGUUUGAGAACAACUCAGCUUCAAGCCAAGUAUUUUGGCUACUAAAAGAAAGUGAGCUAACUCCCAGCAAUGCAAAUAUACUGGAUGGUCGAUAUGCUGUCUUUGGUUAUGUUACGGAAAAUGAGGAUUAUUUAGCAGAUCUCAAGGUUGGAGACGUGAUAGAGUCCAUUCAAGUGGUUUCUGGCCUCGAUAAUCUGGUUAACCCAAGCUAUAAAAUUGCCCGUUAGUCCAUUCAGUACCUGAUAUUGCCUCCGGGAGUUCGGUGACAACUUGCAAUGACGUCCCUGAGCAGAUUUUAAGCUUGUUUUCUGUUGAUUUCAUUAUAUGACUACAACCUUUCAUCUCUAGUGAGUCGUAUCUUUCCAGCUGCGAAUUUAUUUA